AUGAUGUCCUUUUGCCACAAUGUCAUUAAUAUUUCUUGUGUGAAAAGCAGAUGGUCAAAUGAUGUCCGUGCUUCCCUGUACAGUUUAAUGGUGCUCAUAAUUCUGACCACACUCAUUGGCAAUCUGAUAGUCAUUAUUUCCAUAUCACACUUCAGGCAACUUCAUACCCCAACGAAUUGGCUCAUUCAUUCCAUGGCGACCGUGGAUUUUCUGCUGGGGUGCCUGGUCAUGCCUUAUAGUAUGGUGAGAUCUGUUGAGCACGGCUGGUACUUUGGAGAAGUCUUCUGUAAAAUUCACACCAGCACUGACAUUAUGCUGAGCUCGGCGUCUAUUUUCCACUUGUCCUUCAUUUCCAUUGACCGCUACUAUGCCGUGUGUGACCCACUGAGAUACAAAGCCAAGAUCAGUAUCUUGGUUAUUUUUGUGAUGAUCUUCAUUAGUUGGAGUGUCCCCGCUCUUUUUGCAUUUGGAAUGAUCUUUCUGGAGCUCAACUUCAAAGGAGCUGAAGAGAUAUAUUACAAGUACAUUCACUGUAUAGGAGGUUGCUCUGUCUUCUUUAGCAAAACAUCUGGGGUACUGGCCUUUAUGACUUCUUUCUAUAUACCUGGAUCUAUUAUGUUGUGUGUCUAUUCCAGAAUAUACUUCAUAGCUCAAGGACAGGCAAGAUCAAUUAAUGAUGCAGUUGGAUUGGAAGAGAAAAAUGGAAUGUCACAAAACAAAGAAAGGAAAGCUGCAAAGACUUUAGGGAUUGUGGUGGGAGUUUUCCUAAUAUGCUGGUGUCCUUUCUUUGUCUGCAUGGUCAUGGACCCUUUCCUGGACUAUGCUAUUCCACCCACCUUAAAUGAUGCAUUGGUCUGGUGUGGCUACCUGAACUCUACUUUCAAUCCAAUGGUUUAUGCAUUUUUCUACCCCUGGUUCAGAAAAGCACUGAAGAUGAUUCUAUGUGGUAAAAUUUUCCAAAAAGACUCUUGUAGGUAUAAACUAUUUUUAGAGUCACAUCCAUAG